AUGCGCUUAUUAAAUGACAGAAAAAUGGCAAUGAGGCCACCGAGGACGGGAUUUUCACAGUUCUUUUCAAGAGAUAAGACAUUUCGUCCCAAAAAGCGAUUUGAGCCUGGAACAAUGAAGUUUAAUCUUCAUAAGCAGGCAAAUGCAUCAUUAAGCUCUGGUAUUGACCUAAAAGAGGUUGUGAAGCUUCCCCCAGGAGAGGACCUUAAUGAUUGGAUAGCUGUACAUGUGGUGGAUUUUUUUAACCGUAUCAACCUAUUGUAUGGGACAAUAUUAGAGCACUGCACAGAGCAGACCUGUCCUACCAUGUCCGGGGGCCCCAAGUACGAGUACCACUGGUGUGAUGGAGAGAACUACAGGAAACCAACAGCUUUAGCAGCUCCUCACUACAUCACAUUGUUGAUGGAAUGGGUGGAGAGACAGAUUAACACAGAGGAAAUAUUCCCUGUUAAAGUUGGUGUUCCUUUCCCUAGAAAUUACUUGCAAGUAGUGAAGAAAAUUCUGACGCGGCUGUUCAGAGUAUUUGUCCAUGUCUACAUUCAUCACUUUGACAAACUUGUUACUAUAGGAGCAGAGGCCCAUGUGAACACAUGCUACAAACACUUCUAUUAUUUUGUGACUGAGCAUAAUCUGGUUGACAAGAAGGAAUUGGAACCCUUGAAAGAAAUGACGGAGAGAAUAUGUCACUAAUAGGCAGUAUGGUUCCAACUAGGUACUUGCAGAGUUGUCUCCCCUGGUUUCCAGACCAGAGAUGAUUAACCCUAUAUGUUCACCUUGGCAAAACUUAUUACUGUAAUAUCUCAUAGUUUGGCUGAUCAUUACUGUACCUUCCAGUAAAAAGAUAGCUGGACAGUCAGAUUUUUGAGAUGUUCUGGUUCCACUUGGGAGCUGCAGCAGUGAUGUGGUGGUCUUGCAAGGCAAACAGAAACCAGUUCUUAUAUAUUGUGUAUAUAGAAUGUACUUUAUUUUUGCCUAUAUGUACAGGAGUCAUGUAGAUACAUCUUGCAAAUGUUCUCAUCUACUAACAUUGUUAACCAUUCAACAUAAAUGUCAUUUAGUAUCAAAGGUAUAGUCAAAAGAGCCUGAUCUGGGAAGAUCUGUUGUGGUUCAUCUCACAGUAAUUUAAAGCAUUUAUAGUUAUGGUAUUACCAGUUCAUUGUUUUAUCAUUUGUAUUUAUUGUCUGAAAAACCAAAUAGGUUUCGUCAAAAGUUUAACAUGCAGUCAGUGUAGCCUAAAUAGUUUUAGACGAUGAUUUAUAUUUCUUUAGUCUGCCAAAGUCCUGAGAAUGCCACACUCACAGUUAUUGUGACCGAUGCCCAGUAUAUAACUAGUGUUUGUGGUAACCUCAGUUUGAAGGAUAAUAAUAAUAAGUUUCAGGGUUAGUCAAUUGUCAAGGUGUAUGUGUACAUACUUCCCAUUACCAUUCCUGGUUCAUCCAUUUCAUGUAAAACAUCCGUCAUACUCCAUUCAUGAGAUUGCCUCAAAUAAUGUUGAAUGUCAUAAUAGCUCAUCUGAUAAAUAUUGUAGCCCAUAGCUUCUUACAAUACCCUUAUGUGCUACUUCAACCAUGAAUCAAAAUGUCUGCUCUGCAUGUUAAACAAAAAUGUUUAUGUUAUAUUUGAAUACAGUAAAUCACCUACUUGUAUAAUUUGACACCUUUUUUUUUUUUACCAGCUUUUUACCUUGGUGUACUAAGUUGAUAAAAAAUGACAUCUUAUGUGAAUAACAAUAAAUCACAUUAUUUUUGACAGACUAUUCACCAUCCUGUACUGUAGUUCAAAUUGCAGAGCAGUGAAAAAUUUCUAGAACUUGUAGGUGAUUUACUGUACUUCACGUUAGCCGUUAGGUUAGUGCUGCAGUUUUCAAAAAAGGCUUCAUUAUUCAUCCAGAAUUAGUAUGGAGGUGAGGGGUGUGAAGAGCUAAGGCCUGUAGUGUAACAUUGUUACAUUAUCUACCUCAACCUGAACCAAAGGCCAAAACAUUAUCAUAGCCCACUUAGCGAUAAUCUGAAGCUGUAAGGAAUUUUAUAGACUGCAGUAACUAUAAUGCAUACUGGAACCUAUUUUCUACUCAGUUUAACUGGAAUUGGGUGUAAGAAAAUUUCACAACAUUAACCAACAAUCAAAGAAAUAAUUUAACUCAUCAACCUAUCACUCUUACCUACUUAUUUCAUAAAUGAAAAGGAAAAUCUUACAGUUUCAUUUUAUCAAAUGUUAAAGUGGCUGGUCCACUGAUGAUAGCUGUUUGUUUUUUAAGAGAUUAGUUUUAAACUGUGGUUGACUGUCUUUUGAUUUUUUUUUUUUUGUUUCUGAAUAAAAUUUUAAUGACAAUCUAAUUUUUGGAAAAUGAGGUAUACAUAUCUCCUGCGCUGCUGUAGAUAAUUCAUAGCAAACUGAAGAAACAAGGUACCAGAAAGAAAGAAGUAGUAAAUUUUGUAGGAUGUUUUUAAGUUAUGAUCUCAUCGAUUUCUUGUAUCGAGCCAGAAUUUGUUGGCAGUAAACAUGGGUGGUAUAUCAGUAUACCAAUACUGAUAAUUUGUAUUUACAUAGUUUUGAGAAUUUAAAAUUUCUUAACCUUACUCUAUACCUUAGAUGUAUUGCAUUGAAUGUUUUCUCUUUUUGGUGAUUAAAACAAACCUUUAUAGCUAUCCUUGCUUUGUUCCACCAACAACUAAGACUUUGAAGUUGUAUUUAUACCAUGUCUUAUGGAGUAUUGGACUUCAGAGCACUGGUAAAAUAAAUUGCUUAUGUUGAGUUAGUGUAUGACAAAUUUCUGAUCUGUUUUUGAAAAAAUCUCUUUCAAAUGUUAUUUCUUCUGCUCUUUGGCAUUACAUUCACCAGUUAUUAGCUUUUUUCCCUCUCAUUGUUUUUAUACAUAUAUGUUAUACACUUGUAAGUGGAAAAAUGAAAAAAAAAAAGUUCUUUUAUACCCUGUAUUAUAUAUACUGUUACUCAUCAAGCCAUGAUGUUUUUCACGUGUUGUUUUUGAGCCUUUUUUAAGUAGCUGUGUUGUAUUUUGUUUCCUUACCUUUGAGAUUUAAUUUCUGUGGUUAAUAUCAACAGUGGAUACACAAAAAUGAUGAUUUAAGCUAUUUCAAAAAUACCACAGAUCUCCCAAAUUAUUUAUUUCAUUGGCUUCUGGGGUAUACAGCAUAAGGCUUUGAAUUUUUUAGCCACUGGUUUGCCAUGAUACAGAAUGAUCAAAUAUCAAAAAGUGAUUUGUAGCGUAUAACUUAAUUGCAUUGUUCUUUGCUCUCUAUGCUAAUUUUAUACCACUGCUACCCCUAGCAAAUUUUACACAGAGAUCUUUAACAACAAAAACAUGGAGGGUCACAGAGGAGACAGGAAAUGAUGUCAGAAAAAAAAACAAACCCAAAACUCCCCCAAAACAACACCAACUCGAUCCUUAAGCCUAUAAAUACUUGAUACAUAUGCAUUCUCUUUACCUGAAGUAUGCUCAACAUGACACCUGAAGCAAUUUUGUUGCUGCAUGCUCAUCACAGAACUAAAAUAUCUGUGGUUAAGAUAGGCCUAAAGAAGUGGGAACUCCUGUGUCUCACAGGCUGAGAAGCCAAACUUAUCUAGUGGUGGCAGCGGCCUAAAGCAAGCAUAGAGAGCGGUGCAAGGAAUAUACUAUUUUGAACUACCUUCACACCAAUAGUUCUAACCUUUGCGCAUCCAUAUAACUGGUGGUAAACUAAAUUUCAAAAAAUAUCUCUAGUCACUGUACCAUUUAAUGUAUUUUGUUGACAUGUAUUUAAUCUUUGGUUCACUUCAUGUGGUAGGAGAGAGAGAAAAGAAAAAGGAAAAAAUGUACAUGUAAUUUAAAUAUGAGCACAUGCACAAUUCCAGAUGAAGGUUCACAAAAUUUCUGUGCUUGAAACCUUUGAUAUUUCUGUAGAAAUUGUUAGACAGAUUUUGUUAUUAGUUGUACAUGUAUAUGUAGCAGUUUUAUGAGUUCAUCUAGAUAAAGUCUACCUAUAUGCAGUUAUUCAAGAGAUGCUCCAUGGUUCAGAUGUAACAGCUUGAUAUUCCCAGCAGUGAGUGCUAACCAGUUCAGGCAGCACUGAGACAAUUCUUUUACCACAUCAGCAUAACAGCAUUCAGGACAAAGCGUCAUGGUUGCUAUUGAUAUACAUUUGCUACAAUUUGUUUGGAGGCUGUGUUGUAAGACAAGCCCUGUCUGGUGUCAGAAAUGCUUGAAGUGUUAUGCAGUCAACAAACCAGACUGAAAGUGGUAACAUUUAUUUUGGUUAUAAAGAAAAACAAAGAAGCAAAUAUAUGUACCUCCGAAAAAAUAAAGUC